CCAGAUUCAAUUGCUAAAAUGUCGGAGCGGAAGCGCCGUCGCGUGGACCAAGAUGCUCGCCGUCUCGAGCUGUGUGCGGAUGACUUGCGCGAAUUAGGCUCCGCCAUUGGGUCCUGUCUGUUCCGCGCGCCAUCGACACACGUAUCAGUACCAUUGCAGGCUCCCAGUUCGUCUUCUAAGCCUCGCAAGACCGUCUCAAAGUCGCCAUCCAGCCCGUCCCGGUCACUCUACUCGCUGGUCUCUAGCGCAGCCUACGCGACGAAAACGAACGUCUCCGGGCAACAGGACACGUGGCAAGCGACUCUUUCUCGAUUCGCUCUCGAGAUCGCCGAGAAAAACGGGUCUAAAGAGGCGAUCGAGCGCUGCGACCGGCUCAAGCGGCGAUUUGAGGCCCUGUCCGACACCGUUCGCUUGUGUCAGGAGAAGGUGAGAGCAACGGGAAGCGAAUUGACACUACAGAACCGAGUGGAGAGUCAACUGGCUCAGGAGGAGACCGCGUGGGAGCAGCAGAUGCAGACGAGAGAGCAGCGCGUGGCCGAACGGGAGGUGGAACUGCAAGCUCUGAAGGAAGAGAACGAGGCAGACGCGGCCGCACAGGAGGAAAACGGGAACUCAGAGGAGGAGGAGCAGGACGAAGAAGAAGAACAAGUGGAGAUAACUGAGCUACAAGAAGCUGUAGCUCUCCGUGCAGAGGAGAAGAGAGACAUCGAGGCAGCUAUUGACUCGUUACAAAGGAAAAAGACGCGACGGCAAGCCGUGAUCGCUGAGGAGAAGAAGAAGAAAGAAGCGGAGAGUGUGGACGUGGAGGCAGACGCCGCUGCAGCAGCUAGAGAACAGGUGUUAAGAGAGUUGAGAGAGGAGAAAGAUGCGCUGCAAAGAGAGAUCAUAGCAGCCGAAGAGACAGAAGAGAACUUGGACGAGAACGUUCGGGACUUGCCGGCGCUGAAGGAGGAACUGGCAGAGGCCAAGAAGGAGAGAGCAGAAGUGCAAGCUCAAGUGGAUUCACUGCGGCUGGAGCUGGCCAGACGCAAACGGAAGAUGAGACACAUGGUCGACGUGCAGCUCUUGACUGCGAGAGACACCAACCCACCGACUUUACGGGAAGAAGCAGUGCUGCUGCAUUUGCUGUACGAACACGAAGGUGAGAUGGGAGUGAACGAGUUAAAGCAGGAAGCCAGUACAGUACUCAAAGACCACGGCAAACCCAACGGCAACGGCGUGGUCAUUCGCGCGCUGUACUCGCUGGUAGCCAACGGCGUGGUGCAGAUUGAUCGCUCGUACGGCAACGGACUGGUAACGUCGCUGCUGGUCUAGACACGAUAACCAAGACGCAAUAUGUACACGUCCAUUCCAGCAACUUACUAGGUAUCAACUCUCACCUGUGCUGCUUAAUUUUCUGUUCACACGUCCAGGUGCACUUUUUCCAGCGCUUCUGGCUCGGGCAAAGUUUCAUCCGGAAAGGCCUUGCGGAUGAGCUCAACUGACGCGAGAACUUGACCAUGCAACGUCUCUCCGUCGUCUCCAUUGAACACCACAGACAGCCACUUGGGCUUCGGCUGUUGCGGACGUUCGUUCUGCUUGAGUUCUUGAGACGUACACACCGUCACGCUGUUAUUACUACCAGCAUCCGACAGCUUGAUAGCUGCUGUGCCGAUGUACUCAGACGGACUCUCGUUCCUCACAUGGAUCAACACGUGCGGCGCGUACUGCAGAUCCGGUAGAUUCACGUCCAUACAGAACGUCUGCGCCCAAAUCGGACACGUAGAAGGCUCCUGUUCCUUAGCAGUCUCCGUCUUGUGGCAGCCGUCCCAGCAUUGAACUGUAGCGCUCGCGACGAUCGUCUUGGUGCUGUCAUGCAGCGACACCAAGUUCCUGGCUUCAUGGAGACGCACACGCACCUGGUACGGCUUGUGGCGGUUCACGCACUCGAUCAUCGUCUUCUGGUCCCACGACUGCGCCGUGGCUGUCUCGAUGGCGCCAAAACCGAGACGUACCAUCACUUUACCGGUAAAUUCCUCGCGUGGCUUGGCCUUAUUCACCGCACGAUCUCCAACCAAAGGGAUCCACUCCGUCUCGCGUUCAAACUGCGAGAUCAGCAGUUCUUUCGCACUGAAACGUUUGUAGCAAAUGGCUACACGGUUGUCGUCAUCUUUUUCGCACAAGUACAAGAACACGUCCGGUACUUGGUUGAUAUCCACGGGGAAGAGCAUCUUGUCGCUCUCCUCCGUCUCGUUCCACUUGAUACUUCCAUUCACAGCGCUCUUCCUCGUGGACGCGAUCUGACGGAGGCCACAGGACAGCACGAGCGACAAUUUCGGCUUCCCAGUCGCCACAGCAGACGGCAAUCCGAUCGCCUGCACAAAGUGAGCUCGCAUACGAUACACGCAGCUCUCCGGGAAGCUCUCGAUCGGCAGUUUAGGAGCCAAACGUUUCUGGUGUUUCGCUUCGUACGUGUCCGACGACUUGGCUCGGAUACGCAGCGUCAACAGCACACGGCCACGAUACGCAGACGCCAGAUUCCCAU